GAGCGUAGAGAAUUGAAGCAGACCCCUGUAUAUAUAUAUAUUCCAGAAGUGAAUACAACACCAGCGAUUAUAUAUAUUCAAUUCUUGGCAGCCAUGGGAGCCGGAGAGAGCAUUCCGGGGCCGCGCCGAUCGGACAUUUACAGUGCGAGAGGGGCUGUAGAAGUGGCGCUGAAGAGGGUAGAUCUGAACUCUCUAAAUGGGUUUGGCUUCAGCAAAGAUAAGAGGAUGGAGCUUGCGAUGGAGCUGACAUGGAUGAAAACCUUCCUCAUCACCAGCGAAAAAACGGGCCACGGCCGGAAGGUUGCCGACGUCUGGUGUCCGGCCAUCGAACUCCUCGCCGGAAACUGUGAUGAUAGCUUUCUGAAAACCACCCAACGCUUAGAUGCUGCGUGCAAAAAACUUGCCAGCCUUAGACAAAAAAUACAGCCUUUUGUUGUUCCCACCUGUCCGUGUGAUCAUCCUCUUCCUCCUCCCCCAAAGCCUGUUAUUGUUAAAAGCUGUCACUGUCACUGUGAUCAUCCUUCCCGCUCAAAGCGCUAAUCGUAGUCCCCUGUUUUUUGAUUUUACACAGGCGUUUAAUCAGGGACGAUUCUCAUCCCCUGUUUCUAGAUUUUACAUAGGCGUUUAAUUAGGGCCAAUCGAUUCUAUAUGUAAGUUCAUUUAAUUGGUAAUUUGGAUUUGAUGUUCUUGCUUUAUUCACAAGAUCAGAUAUAAAUAUAAUAAAAUACCUUCCUUCUUAAA